AUGGCACCUGGCAAUGAAGUCGACCAGGCCCCAAAGCCUGUUCCUGUCGAGACUAACGAAAAGGUCCACGACUCUGAGACCUCCUCCAGCACUCAGGCAGAUGUGACUGGCACUGGUGCUCUUGACGCUGAGAAGCCCUCUCGUCACACCCACUGGACCGCCGACAACCAGACUCACGAACUCGAGCCUACUCCUAGUGUUCGUAGUGAUGGAAAGGUUCUGCUCCUUGAAGAAGAUGUCUAUGACCAGCUCGGCUACGGAUUUCCAAGCUGGAAGAAGUGGACCAUCCUUACUGUCAUUUUCUUGGUCCAGGUUUCCAUGAACUUCAACACCAGCCUGUACUCCAACGCGCUCGGUGGUAUUUCUGAGGAGUUUCACAUCUCUGAACAAGCUGCUCGCUGCGGUGCUAUGAUCUUUCUCGUUCUCUACGCUUUUGGCUGUGAGCUCUGGGCCCCAUGGAGCGAGGAACUUGGACGCAAGCCCAUUCUCCAGGCUAGUCUGUUCCUUGUCAAUAUUUGGCAACUCCCCGUCGCUCUCGGUAAGAACUUUGCAACAAUUAUGGUCGGUCGUGCCCUCGGCGGUCUGUCUUCUGCUGGUGGCUCCGUUACUCUCGGUAUGAUUGCCGAUAUGUGGGAGUCCGAUAAUCAGCAAUAUGCCGUUGCCUACGUUGUCUUCUCUUCCGUUGGUGGUUCCGUCUUGGGUCCUAUUAUCGGCGGUUUCUGCCAGGAGUAUCUACACUGGCGCUGGUGCAUCUGGAUCCAGCUCAUUUUCGGUGGCUUUGUCCAACUCUUGCAUCUUUUUCUAGUGCCCGAAACUCGCUCUACUCUCAUGAUCGACAAGAUUGCCCAGAAGAUGCGCAAGAGCGGCGAGAACCCCAACAUCUAUGGAGAGAACGAACUUACUCCAUGGAAAGAGCGCUUCUCAGCCAAGGAGAUCAUCAAGACUUGGAUGCGUCCCUUCCACAUGUUCUUGACCGAACCUAUCGUCUUGACUCUUUCUUUGCUCAGCGGUUUCAGCGAUGCCCUCAUUUUCAUGUUCAUUCAGUCAUUCUCUCCAAUCUAUCAGCAGUGGGGCUUCAGUCCUUCUCAACAGGGGUUGACAUUCAUCGCCAUCCUUGUCGGUUAUCUCCUUGCUUGGUUCUCGUUCUUCCCCGCUAUCAAGCGUAACGUCCGCGAGCGUCGUGCCAAGCCUGACGAUGAAGUUGCUCAGUACGAAUCACGACUGUGGUGGUUGCUUUACACUGCUCCCUGCUUACCCAUCGGGUUGAUCGGUUUCGCUUGGACUACUAUGGGUCCACCUCUUCCCUGGAUUGCCAGCAUGAUCUUUGUAGCGAUUGUCGGCAUCGCCAAUUACGCUAUCUACAUGGCAACCAUUGACUACAUGAUCUGUGCUUAUGGCCCAUACUCUGCAUCUGCUACAGGCGGAAACGGCUGGUCUCGCGAUUUUCUUGCUGGUGUCCUCACCAUUCCGGCAACUCCAUUCUUCAACAACAUUGGAGGACGUUAUCACAUCCAGUAUGCGUCGACAAUACUGUUCUGCAUCUCCUUCCUCCUCGUGUUGGCCGUCUACGUGAUCUACUGGAAGGGGCCUGCCCUCCGCAAGCGAUCUCCUUUUGCUCAGCAGCUCUCCGAUGCACGUGCUACCACCGAUCCCACUGGCAAUCGCUUGACUCGUUUACCAACUGGCUCUCGUGCAAACUCCUUUGCUCGCUCUCAGCAAGAGCUUCGUCUCCGUCAAGCUCUUGGCAGCCGCCAGAACAGCUACUACGGUUCACGUGCUAAUUCUCGAGCCAAUUCCCGAGCCAAUUCUCGCGUAAACUCUCGCCGCAACUCUGUUGCCGAGGUCUCAGAGGUCUAA